AUGAACAAGGAGGAACUAGAUAUGAUGAUCAAAGUGCAAUUAUUUCACCAUCGGCGAAAUGACAAAGUUACUAGUGCAAAGAAACAUAGAUCAAAAGAAAGGGAGAGAAUCAGACAAGAAUAUUUUUUUAAUGGACAUCAAGUGUGUAGAGAAACAUUUGCGUUUUGCCAUGGAGUUUAUAGGAAGACGGUGGACGCGCUUGCUCGUUCCCUUGAUAAGGAUGGACUCGCUCCUAGAAUUCAUGGAAACAUUGAUAGUAGAGCUAAAGUGUUGCACUCUGAUAAGACCAAGGCUGAUAUACAUCAGGACUAUUUGUUAGCUGCAGAGAGUCUACAUUUGAGAAAGAUAUGUUUGUCAGAAUUUAAAAGAGUUUGGCUGAAUAUAUGUCCACAUGUUCUAAUUAGCAAGCCUUCAACAGACCUAUGUUAUAAAUGCCAAUCCUAUGCGAAUAUCCUGGUUCAUGGUGGCAUGAUGACAGAAGAGGAAAAGGAGCAACAUCUUGAGAAAUACACAGCUCAUGUUGAAAAAUCAAAGAUGCAGAGGGAUUAUUACAGAAGGCAAUGUGAAGUUUCUAAAACUAGCUUUUCUGCUCUUCCAAAUGAGAGAAAAACCAGAGGUCAGCCCAUCUGUUCUUUGGAGGGAACUCAACAUUACAGUUUUGAUUAUGCCCAGCAAAUACAUUAUCCACAUUAUGCGCAACAGGUUGGUCCUUUGUUCUUCAAAACCCCACGGAAAUGCCAGUGUUUUGGAAUCGGUUCAGAGGGUUCAGGAUCACAGAUAUUUUACUUGAUUGAUGAGUCUCAGCAUUCUGGAAAGGGGGCCAACUCUGUUGCCAGUAUGAUUCACCACCAUUUUCAACAUAAAGGUUAUGGAGAAAUGAAUUUACAACUCCAUAUGGACAACUGCACUGGUCAAAAUAAAAACAACACUGUUAUUGGAUAUGGGAUGUGGCGAGUUAUGACCGGCAGACAUAUGACCAUUGAGUUUUCUCUGAUGGAGGCAGGCCACACAAAGUUUCAUCCCGACUGGCAUUUUGGGCUCUGGAAGGUGAAAUGGCGAGGAACAACUGCAGAGAAUCUUGAGGAAGUGGCCAAAUCCGUUGCUCAUUCAUCUAGGAAUAACCAUAAAUUCCCCACUUGAUAGGAUCCCCAGUAUCCAGUCAUUUUCUAUGACUGGAGCACGUUUCUCAAGCAGUACUUCAAGCCAAUACCUCAACUCAAGCAGUAUCAUCAUUUUCGCAUGACACAUGAACAUCCUGGAGUAGUCCAUCUACGAAAGUAUGCUGGAGAUGAAGAAAUUACUGUCAACAUCCUGAAACACAAAGAUUUCAGGUUUCCAAACAUGGAUGCCUCUCUUCCAACUGUUAUUAAAGCAUGUGGCCUUGACGCACAGCGACAGUGGUAUUUAUACGACGAGGUGGCCCCAUACUGUGCCAGUCAUGAGGCAUGUCCCCGCCCAAGUGUACCAAAACCAUCAGCCAUAAAAGUUGAACAGAAAGUGAAAUUAGGAAAGAGAAAAUGUGCAAAUGAACAUUGUAACAAAUCAAUGUAAUUUACAUGCUGUCAUGGAUGUUAAGAGUUUGAUUUUAUCUAGUUCUUAAAACUGUUAUAUUCUGUUGUAUUAAUUUGAUCAAACAAUAUGUGUUUCAGAAUGAAAUGACAUCUAUUUCAAAUUGUGUUACUUCAUUGCUUUUAUGUAACUUUAAAGUCGCAGAAAUCACCAAUAUCAGAUAAAGCAAGAUGUGUUCAUGAAACACUAUGUACCCAGUGGUCCCUAAGUUUGAAAAAACUAUUUUUAGUAUAUAGGUCACAAUCAAGGUGACAAGGUCAUUAACCUUGGUGUCAUUUGAAAAAACUUAAUUUAGUGGAGUACGCAUAGAAAGUAUGAAGUUUCUAU